GGGCCGCCUCUGCCGCCGCCGCCGCUUUGUAAGAGGCACAUUGGCAGGUAACGAGCGGCGGUGGCGGCGGCAGCUGGUCCCGAGUCCAGCGAGAACAGCAGCGAUUUUCUAUUUUGUACAUACGUUAUUUUGUAUAUACUGUAUAUGAUGACUUCGGUGAGCAGUGACCGUUCCCGAGGUUCUCGGGAAAAAACACAGAUUUCAGGAACACAGGCAUCACAACUACAGAAACAAGUAGUACAGGCAACAGCUGAACAGAUGCGUCUCGCUCAAGUGAUCUUCGAUAAAAAUGAUUCAGAGUUUGAAGCGAAAGUUAAACAGCUUAUGGAAGUGACGGGGAAAAAUCAGGAUGAGUGCAUAGUGGCUCUACAUGACUGUAAUGGAGAUGUGAACAAAGCUAUCAAUAUAUUGCUGGAAGGGAAUUCAGACACGACUUCAUGGGAGACUGUAGGGGGGAAGAAGAAGAAUUUUGGAAAAGAAAGUUCAGAGAACAAAGAGAAUAGAGAGAAGAGAAAUGAGAGAGAAAUAAAUCGUGGACGUGGAAAUAACAACCGGAAAGGAAGAGGUGGCAAUCGUGGGAGAGAGUUUAGAGGCGAAGAGAAUGGAAUUGAUUGCAGUCAAGGGGACAAGCAUUCAGACCGUGGCAAGCGAACCCGUGGCAGAGGAUUUGGACGUGGAAGAGGGAGAGGGGCAGGAAGAUUCACAACACAUGGCAUGGGGACAUUUAAUCCUGCGGACUAUUCAGAUUCUCCAUCUAUAGAUGGGUGUGGGACAAAGCCAAUAGUUUGGGAAGCUGCUCAGAAUGGUGCAGAUGAGGGGACUGGGGCCUGGAAGAAUUCGGUGGAAGAGUGGACAACAGACGACUGGACUGAAGAUCUUUCUGAAACAAAAGUCUUCACUGCCUCAGCUGUUCCAGCAGAGAAUCAUGUCACACCUGGGCAAAGCAUUGAUCUGGUAGCCUUGCUCCAGAAGCCUGUUCCUCCCAGUCAAGCCUCAGAAGUCAACUCCUUUGAAACUUCCCAACAACAGGGCUUUGGCCAAGCCCUUGUCUUCACAAAUUCUCAGCACAACAAUCAGAUGGCACCAGGGACUGGCAGCUCCACUGCUGUCAACUCCUAUUCUCCUCAGAGUCUGUCAUCCGUCCUUGGUUCAGGAUUUGGAGAGCUUGCACCUUCCAAAAUGGCAAACAUCACCAGCUCCCAGAUUUUGGACCAAUUGAAAGCUCCAAGUUUGGGCCAGUUUACCACUACCCCAAGUUCACAACAGAAUAGUACAAGUCCCCCCACAACUACUACUUCUUGGGACCUCAAGUCCUCAACUUCCCAGUCCUCAGUCCUUAGUCAUUUUGACUUCAAAUCUCAACCUGAACCAUCCCCAGUUCUUAGUCAACUGAGCCAGCGACAGCAGCACCACACUCAGCCCGUUGCUGUUCCUCCUCCUGGGUUGGAGUCCUUUCCUUCCCAGGUAAAACUGCGAGAGUCAACACCCAGAGACAGUACCUCCACUGUGAACAAACUUCUGCAGCUUCCCAGCAUGACUGUAGAAAACAUUGCUGUGACUGCCCACCAGCCACAGCCUAAACACGUCAAACUACCGAAGCGGCGGAUACCCCCAGCUUCUAAGAUCCCAGCUUCUGCAGUGGAAAUGCCUGGUUCAGCAGAUGUCACAGGAUUAAACGUUCAGUUUGGCGCCUUGGAAUUUGGAUCAGAACCUUCUCUCUCUGAAUUUGGAUCAGCUGCAAGCAGUGAAAAUAGUAACCAGAUUCCCAUCAGCUUGUAUUCAAAGUCAUUAAGUGAUUCUUUGAAUACCUCUCUACCAAUGACCAGUGCAGUACAGAACUCCACCUAUACAACUUCAGUCAUUACCUCCUCCAGUCUGACCAGCUCAUCACUGAGCUCCACUAGUCCAGUAACAACGUCUUCCUCCUAUGACCAGAGUUCUGUGCAUAACAGAAUUGCAUACCAAAGCUCUGUGAGUCCAUCGGAGUCAGCUCCAGGAACCGUCACGAAUGGACAUGGUGGUGGUCGAAGUCAGCAGACUAUAGACACUACUUCAUCCGUUCCAGCUCCAAAGACAAUGGACCCUCCCUCUGCCCUCCCAUCUGUGGGCUCACUGCCCAGCACCACUUCCUGCACUACGCUUCUACCCUCUGCAUCCCAGCACACUGCCACUUUGCCCUCCAUGUCCCAGCCUGGUGACCUGUCCAGCAGCCCCCUCUCUCAGCUUAGCAGUUCCCUCUCCAGCCAUCAGAGCAGCCUCUCCUCUGCACAUGUGGCACACUCUUCCAGCACGUCACACACACAUGCCAGCGUGGAGAGCACCCCUUCCCUCCAGUCCUCAGCCACCUUCUCAACGGCAGCAACCUCUGCCUCGGGUGCCACGUCCUCAGGGCUCAGCCUGCCGAGCAGCAUGAACACAGUGAACAGCCUCUGCCUGGGCGGAACCACUGUGAGUGCCCCCAGCAGCAGUACCAGGGCCACGCCCUUGGUGACCUCAGGCAAAGCACCCCCUAACCUGCCCCAGGGAGUACCUCCCCUGCUGCACAACCAGUACCUCGUGGGCCCCGGAGGACUGCUUCCUGCCUAUCCCAUCUAUGGCUAUGAUGAGCUCCAGAUGCUACAGUCACGGCUGCCAAUGGAUUACUAUGGAAUUCCCUUCGCUACACCCACAGCUUUGGCCAGCCGAGAUGGGAGCCUAGCUAAUAACCCGUAUUCAGGUGAUGUCACCAAGUUUGGCCGAGGUGACUCUGCAUCCCCCGCGCCCCCCACCACGCUGGCUCAGCCUCAGCAGAGCCAAUCCCAAGCCCACCACACAGCCCAGCAGCCCUUUCUGAAUCCUGCGCUGCCACCCGGCUACAGCUACACUGGCCUCCCCUACUACACAGGCGUGCCUAGUGCCUUCCAGUAUGGGCCCACCAUGUUUGUCCCUCCCGCCUCAGCCAAGCAGCAUGGUGUGAACCUCAGCACCCCCACCACCCCUUUCCAGCAGGCCAGUGGUUAUGGCCAGCACAGCUACAGCACAGGUGAGGGGUGCUCCCAGCACGGAGAGCUGCAGAUGGGACAGGCUUGCCUAGCUCACACGUACCUCUUGUACCCUGCCACGCUAGGUUAUGAUGACCUGACCCAGGGGACAGCAGCGGGAGACUACACCAAGGGUGGCUAUGGUGGAUCAUCGCAGGCACAAAACAAGUCUGCAGGUUCUGGGCCUGGCAAAGGAGUGUCUGUGUCUUCAAGCACCACCGGCCUGCCUGAUAUGACUGGCUCAGUCUACAGCAAGACUCAGACUUUUGAUAAGCAGGGAUUUCAUGCAGGGACUCCUCCACCGUUCAGCCUGCCCUCGGCCUUGGGCUCCACCGGGCCCCUGGCUGCUGGAGCAGCCCCUGGUUAUGCGCCCCCACCGUUCUUACACAUUCUGCCUGCCCACCAGCAGCCUCACUCACAACUGCUCCACCACCACCUUCCACAGGAUGCCCAGAGUGGCUCGGGUCAGCGCAGCCAGCCCAGCUCCCUGCAGCCCAAGUCGCAAGCCUCCAAGCCUGCCUACGGCAACUCUCCAUACUGGACAAACUGAACCCUGAAGAGAGGGGUGGGCUAGGGCGGGGCUUACCCUGGGCAGGAGAGAACAUGCGGAGCCCAUUGCUCUGGGAGCCCGACACCCUUUCCUAGAAUUCCUGAGACGUGUAACUGUGUCAGCCGAGCCUCUGUGGGGAGCCUGCCUCCCAGACUCGCUCUUGUAUGUAAUGUAUUUAUGUAUGUAUUUGUAAAUGUGAUAGAAGUCUUGGGAGAGUGGGGGGGGGGGGGUACAGCUGCUAAUCUUAGCCAGGCCUGCUCUCCCAACUACAGCCCCUUUUCACUGUAGCAAAUAACCCCCUCUUUCCACUUCUGCCUUUAGGCCUUCUGUAUAGCCUCCCAGCCAGCGGGCAGCUGGGAGCAGUGUCUGGAAGGGCUGGUUGAAGGCAGUUUGGGUUUUGGGGUCAGGUACCAAUGAAGAAUCACGACUUAUUUUGCUCCCUUGUAAGCCAUUAUUUGAGGUUUCCUUCCCUGUGUAAUUACUUUAGCCCUCGCUUUCUGAGAAACUGGUCCUUUUGUCAUUUGCCCUGUUCCUCUCCUGCCAAAUCUUGAUCUGGGAAUAGCAGAGAUAUCCUUCCUGCCCAGCGUGAAAGUGGCACCUGUUGGUCUGCAUAUAGAGCAGAGGCUUCUGCUUCUGGUCUUGUCCCCAAGAGACUUGCCUUCCUCUGGCUGACCGUUUUUUAAAAACAGUCUGAAGUUGCACUCAGAGAUGUUGUCAGUCUGCUCCCUUUAGAAAACAAAAAAAUCAAAGAUACGCUGUCACCUCAGUGAGAACAUGUCUCCAAGCAAAGGCUCCUGUAUGCCAGUUGUCCUGAACCAUGUGGGCGACUGUUUCAGGGGUUUUCUCUUCUGCCCGAUCUCCACCUAAUAAAGUUCUGAGAGCAUG